UUCUGAAUAUAAAGAUGUUUGGAGAGAAAGUGGCACACAAGACGGAUUUUAACCACAUUAGUACCUGGGGAAGGAAUAUGUACCUGUGAGCUGCUCGGGUAAAUGACCCUGUGUAUAUAUUUAUACACCACAGAGGUAAACAAAUCUGCUGUUCAAACAAAUUCAUGUAUUGGCACAGCUAUUUUGGAUCAAACCUGGGUCAAAAGUACCAGAGCCGGCACACUGGAUGAAAAUAGAAGAGACAUAAACACAGUACAGCACAACAAUGAUGUGAAGCAUGUAAGCAUUAAGUUUAAUGGCGUGCAGAGUUUCAGUAUAAUGCAAUAGGGUUGAAUUGCAGUGCAUUUACUGUUAGAGGUAAAGUGAUUUCUUGCUUUAAGGUCUUUCCAAAUACGUUCAAAGGAAGUGUUGAUAUUUGAUUUUUGUGAAUGACACACUAGAUAUUUGUGUGAAAAGGCUUGCGUACAAUGGCUGUGAUGGGCUGAGUGGUGUCGCCCUCUAGUGGAAAUACUGGAUUUAACACUUGGCGUAUUAUUAUUAUUAGUUCAGUGUUAGCGACGACUAGAGGUUCAAUAUGGAACUGAAGCGGUUUGGUUAGCCUGUAUUUUUAAAUAAUAAUUGUACAAAAAAUAAUAAACAAACUUAUAACAUAGAGCAUGAAAAUCAAUCGACAAAAAAAAGGCAGAUUCUUCGACAAUAUUGACUCUGGUUUAUUCAACUUAUAUAUCAUGAUUAUUUGUCAUCUUUCUGUCUCUUAGUAAAUUUUUCUGUUUCCUUGGCUGGCAUUCCAAGUAUUCUACAGAUCUAUCAAAAUCCAUAUUUGCUUCUAGACAUCUAUUAAGAUGUUCACCAUAACAUUAAAACGGAAUUAAUUCAAGGUAAGUUUUACUACGAUCGGUUGAGACGCAACAUGUCGUCAACAACCUGUAGAGACUUGAAAGACGAUCCGGUGUGAAGAUUAACAGUUAAUUAUACAACAUUUAUACAAAUACAGUAAAAAAAAUAAUGGAAAGAUGCGUAGAUAAAUACAAAAAAAGAGAAAUAUUCAAAUAAAUAAUUUUUAAAAUACAUGAAACAACAAAUAAACAUACAAACAGAAAUAGCCUAGUACAAAUAAAAACUGAAGGAUGAAAAAAGGUAAUAGACUCUUCAGACUUAUUUAAUAAAAUGAUAUUUGUAUUUUUGUGUGUUUUUUUAUGUUUGUAACGUUUGCAUUUAUAAAUUCGUCCCUCCACAGAAAUUUGACCUGCCGGAAAAUCGUGCGAGUUUAGGACCUAGGGCCUCAGCAGACGAGUGGGGGCGGAGUUACGAGUGAUUGACACAAUAUUCUGGAGGCACGGCAAGCGAGCAAUCUGGCACACUGACCGUUUAUUCAACACCGCGCGACAAGCGACGAAUUUCAACGUAAUUCCCACCUUAAACCAGGAAUUACAUCGCUUUUUGAUGCCGAAACAUCGGCGGGUAAGUACCGCCAAUGGACUUCCAUCACUGAUGAUCGCGUUUGAGAGCUGAUCAUGAUGAAGAUGAAGCUGCGAGCGGCGGGAGGCGAAAAUCACCGUUGCGACUUGAAUUCCGUUAACGGAACCGAUCGGCCGGGACGUCGAGAGAGCGGCCGAUCGACUCCACUCGAUAAGGAGGCGGUGUUCGAGUGGUUCGGCUUACAGCUGAGCCCGGCCGGACGCGUCGAGUUGCUCUGCGGGCUCCUGCAUAUGUGUCAGCCGCUGGAGCUGCGCUUCCUCGGCGCCUGUCUGGAGGAUCUGGCCCGGAGAGAUUUCACCGUCCUGCGGGACUUUGAGACCCGGGCCAAUUGCCCCGCGGAUCUGGAGGGGCUUGUGGACGUGGACGUGAGCGACCCCGUGGUGCUGUCCAAACUGCUGGUUUAUGUGUCGCUACUCGGAUCCAAGAGCAGGGAAUGUGCCGGGAUAUUAUUCAGGACGUUAAGCCGGAUUGAGGCGGGGAUGUGUGGGGCUGUGCCGGAGCCGGAGACGGUGGACCAGCUGCGGCUGCUCUUCACUAUGGGCUCGUUACACCCGGCGUUCAGUUUCCAUCAGCGGGAGGAGCUGAGAGCACAGCUGGACAGACUCCAGGAAUGGAGUCAGUUAUCCAGACCGAGGUUCAUCUGUCCACAGCCGGAGAAUGAAGUGGACUGGACUCUAUGCAGUGAUCCCAAUCCUCACCUCAGCAGCAGGUCACAGAGAGAAGUGGUGCACAUUAAGAAGGUCGUUCUGAAGGACGUUUCUGUGGCAGGAGACAGCAGGCAGUACACUUUUGAGGUGAAAUGGUCCGACUCUUCACUGACCGCCGUCACCAAAAGUCAUCGUGAAUUAGAGGACUUCCUGUUAAAGCUUCCUAAGGAGCAGAGCCCUGAUGGCUUUGAGAAAUGUUUCGUCAGGUUAUUGAAUCGUGUGGAUCAAUGUGAGGUCAGAGAACUGGAGAGAAAUCUCAGGGAGAAGUUUUUGUCUUUAUCUCCGGAUGUUCUUCAGAGGUGUGACGUCUCCACAUUCUUCCUGUCUGACCCAUCUUCACUGCCAUGCAGCUGCUGUACCACAGCACCUGUAUCCAGAAUCCAUCAGCCUUCACGCGGUUUCUCUGAGGACUGCUCUGAGACCUCCAGCCUGGAAGAGGACGUUGAGGGUUACAGCGUCAGAGCUGCGGGCCUGAGUAAUUCACAUUCAGAAUGCCAGAGAAGAGCAAACUGUGAGCAGAAUGGAGAGAGAGUUUGGAUGAAAGGCACAGAAUGUGAACAGGGCUGCACAAAUGACAGGCGAAUCCUCACGGCCGGACAGAAGAGCAAAGGAAGAUCUGCUGGCAAAAGGGAGAGGGGUCGAAGGGCCACCAGCGCAAAGACUUCUGCUGGGAUCCAGAAACCUUCCUCAACACUGAUGAGCAACCAGACGGCUUGUAAAGACGCAGGAAGGGUCAGAUAUGGAGACACGUCCUCCGAGAGCUCUAACUCUGUGCCAUCCAGUCCCGUUCACCACAAGAGCCUGGAGGACCAAGACACAGAGAGCCAAUCCGAUAACUCGGCUCAGGAACCUGAAAAAACUCACCCUGCCAAAGGCAUUGGCGGGAAAGCGGUCGCCAAGGUGACUCCAUUAGUCGCAGAGCCUCAGAAUGUCCUGCAGUCGCCUUCAGUUGUCGAAUUGGCCCUGACUUGCCUCCCGUACGCCCUGCAGUACAACCCCACCCAGAGGGACACCAACGAGGGCAAGAUCACCAUAACCAUCCCGCUGCCCCGAGAACCUGGAACAUCGUCUGCCAGCACUCACCCACAACAGCAACCACCGCUGGGGCCGUUCAGCAUCCUCUCGGGCGCCCAGUGUUCUCUGCAACACGCCACUGCCAACAAUCCCAUCAAAACCAACACAAAGGCCCCUACGCUGUCCAGCAAUUCUUCAAGGGCGAGUUCCUCAUGCCAAAUCCCAGGACCUUGCCCCACGACCGUACCCACACACACCCCGGGGUCCGGACCCAUGCCGCCCCCCGCUGUCACGCACAGCACCGCUCCGAGCGAUUCGUUGUCCUACAUCAACAGCUCGAACCCGCCGGGCACCCCACAGACGCAGACCGGCGCAACACAACAACAACACCAGCAAGGGGGAUGCAACGCAUGCGGCUGCCGCGGUAGUUGCGGCGGCAACGUCGCCCACCAGUCUCUCAGCUACUUCCUGCCUCCCCAACCUGCUCGUCAAAUGUUUGGUCCGCCUCCUGCGUUCUUCCACCUCACGCCUUCUAGUUUCCCCGCCCAGGCCCAUCAGAGUAACGGGACGCCUCUGCCCUUCUACGCUCACACGGGUCCUCCUGCGGCAUUUCUCCACGCCCCCUCGGACCACAUGUUGGCCUCGCAGGCGGGUUACAGCUUGCCCCAAAUGCCCCCUUUUCGACGCUUCUACCAACCCGUCUUUCCACCGGUGGGCUUGAUGUCGGGGGGAACCAACGUGAAGAAGACGGCCAACGUGUCGUGCUAUAACUGCGGAAUGAGCGGCCAUUACGCCCAGGACUGCAAGCAGCCGUCCACUGAUGCCGGUAUGACAGGUGGUUUCCGGCUAAAGUACCUUGGCCCGAACUCCUCAGAUUCCUUAGACAAAAAUGAUUGACAGCACAUAGAGGACCAAAGCCUGUCAGCCACGUUUCCCAUCAUGCUUUAGACAGACUGUUAUGUUUGUAUUACUAUCCUUGUCAAAAGGGUUUACUUAAAAAAAAAAGAAAGAAACGCACCAACGCACAGGGAGCCGAGAGGAAGGGAAUAUUUUCACACUGCUAGAACGACGAGUCGACAGUGUUUACAGUUGACAGAGUUUCUCUUACACGCUAUAAUAGCUUAAUGUUAUAGAUGGUCGGCUAGAAGUUAAUUUGUUUUAGGUUCUGAAUAAAUACUUUAUUGUUCUCAGAUGAUUUUUAUAGAAAGCUAAUGGAAAAAUGAAACUUGAGUCAGUGCAGUAUUUUUUUGUUGUUGUUGACGGGUGAACCUUUAUAGCCUUUCAUACAUGUUUAAGCAGUUGUGAGAGAGAAAACAGAUGUUUUGUAAGUUCUUAUUUUGUUACGAAAGAUUAGCUUUAUGUCUGCUGAUAUAGCUUAAAACGAUGCUCUUGCAGAUGUUAUCCGCUGCUUUUUUGCUCUUUUCUCGUUUGAACACGACGCACUACGGUUUUUGUUCUCUUAUUGAUGCGAGUGAGAUAUUUGAAAUGCACUGAAAGAGCCGGACUUGCAGUACUGCCUCUCAUUCACGUGCUCUGACCACUAGAGGGCACAAGAGUUUUAUCCUGCAGCUUUUGCCUUAAAUAUCCUCCCGUGUCUGGACACCGUGCUUUGUGAAGUGGUUUGAUUCAGAUAAUAUCCCUCAUACAUUUUCAUUCUAGCCUGAAGCACUGUAAGAAAAAAGGCAAAUCGAUUUUGUCAUGAAACGCUCUUUAACCGAGAAAUUCAUUUUUUAAAGGAAAGUUAAGUUUGUGUCUGGAUUUAACGUGAUGGUCAUUAUAGGACAACUCUAAGCAGUUAGGAUACCUUGCUUGUGUGUUAUAAAUAGUUUUUUGCUAAAUGGCAAAGAGUUUGACAUUCGUGCCUAUUGCCAUGCGAACACUCGUGUGCGUGUUGAAAUUAAUUUUGCGAAGUCUUAAUUCUGUGUUGAAGUAAAUAUUUAAAAUAUCAAAGUUAUGAUUCCGGACAUCUUAUUGAAAUAGCCAAAGCAUCCCUUUUUAUGUAUGGAGAUUUGGCAUGUUUGUAUCGAGAGUAUUUUAUUUUGCUAUUUUCAAUUUGAUGAAGGGUCGUAGACCUUUAACGUGGUUGUCCAGGCUUCUUUUAAAGCACAUUUACUAUGAGGAACAUGACCUGUGAUGGUAAACAAUAGUAGGUUGCCGGUUUUUAAACGUGCUUCAUUUGGUUUGAUAAAAUGGGUACUUAAACAGACUCUGGAGGGAGUCAUCCUACUCAAGGCUGAACCCAAAAACCUGUCGACUUUAUUUGUUACACGUUUUAUAGAUAUAUGAAGCUGUACUGUAUAUGAACGAGGUUUGAUAUUUGCCUCUGAGCUUGCGUUUACUGUCUGUAAAUGUUGAUUCAUCUGUACUGAGAGGUCAAAUUAAUCUGAUCACGUUUGCAUUUUCUGGCAAUUGAUCAUUUAUGUCCAGAUAUUAGCAAUAAAUACAAAAACACCCA